AUGACGGUCACUUUGACGUGUCACGAGUUCGCGCGUCCCGAGGACCCGAGCGCGCUGCCGUGGAACACAGAUCCGCAUCAUGAGGGCGGAGGCUCCUAUGCACAAGACCUUUGGGCUCGACUACAUCUUCGAGCCGCUCACCGCGAGUCUGCUGCGAGCGUACUGGGUGGAGCGGUACGAGCGCGAGGCGGGCAAGAACUGGGAGCUCUUCUACCGGCGCAACCGCGAUCGCUUCUUCAAGGACCGGCACUACCUGCAGGCCGAGUGGGCGGACGAGCUCGCGCCGGACGGCGGCGGCGUGCGCGUCCUCCUGGAGGCGGGCUGCGGCGUCGGCAACACGCUCUUCCCGCUGCUCCGCGCGAUGCCGGCGCUUCUGGCCGCGCUGGCCGCACUCGCCUCAAAGGCCGGUCGGGUCGUCGCUGCGGUCGGAGACCUGACCGAGGGCAGCUUGCCGCCCGAGCUGUCUGGCUGCGCUGCGGAUGUGGCGACGCUCAUGUUUGUGCUCUCCGCCAUCGCGCCCUCAAAGUUCGGUGCGGCCCUGCGCGCGGUGCGGUCUGGGCUGCGGCCGGGAGGGGCCGUGCUCCUGCGGGACUACGGGGCUGGCGACGGCGCGUGCGCGCGGAUGGAGGCGGGCCGCGAGGCCAAGCGGCUCGACGCCUCAGCGCCGUGGCUGGUGCGGCAGGACGGCACCCGCGCGUACUUCUUCUCGGUGGAAGCGCUGCGUGAGCUGUUUGAGCGAGAAGGCUUUGAGACGCUAGAGUGCGCCUACGCGCACCGGACCACGGCCAACCGCGCCACCGGCGCGACUCUCUCGCGCACCUUUGUGACGGCGAGGUUUCGGCGGCCCGCCAGCGACGCAUUGGACGCGGAAUUCAGCGCGCCGUGA